CAGGACCCCACCCAGAUCCUAGGAGCAACCCGGUGCUGGUCCCCAGGCCACAGAAACGGGGCGUGGGCCAGAGCCUGAGGCAUCCCUGGCCACCACGAUCGCUCCGCCUGUGGCCACCAAUUCCCCUCCUCUUCUGGCGUCCCUCUCUCCGCCCCUGUCGCCUGCCAGCUCCGGACACGCUGCUGCACUUCAUCUCUUGGGGCGCUCUUCGCUUUGGCCAACCGUUUGUCGCACCCUAUGCAACUCUGGUCAGUGGCCGUUUUUUGUUGAAUGUUCCCCACCAAGAGUGCAUGGCUGCGGAAGCGAGGUGCAGACCGAGGCCCCGAGGGGUCUCCCUCUGGGAAGCGGUGAUGCUGUUGUUGUACUUCGGGGUGCCAACCGGGCACUUCUACAACCUGGACCCAGAGAGUGCACUGCUGUACCAGGGCCCCUCCGGCACGCUGUUUGGCUAUUCGGUGGUGCUGCACAGCCACGGGACGAAGCGCUGGCUCAUCGUGGGGGCACCCACUGCCAGCUGGCUCUCCAAUGCCUCAGUGGUCAAUCCUGGGGCGAUUUACAGAUGCAGGAUCGGAAAGAAUCCAAACCAGACCUGUGAACAGCUCCAGCUGGGUAGCCCCAGUGGUGAGCCCUGUGGGAGGACAUGCUUGGAAGAGAGAGAUAACCAGUGGCUGGGGGUAACGCUUUCCAGACAGCCGGGAGAAAAUGGAUCUGUCGUGACUUGUGGGCACAGGUGGAAAAAUAUAUUUUACAUGAAGAAUGAUAAUAAACUCCCCACUGGUGUUUGCUACGGCAUGCCUUCUGAUUUGCGGACAGAACUUAGCAAAAGGAUUGCCCCGUGUUACCAAGAUUAUGUGAGAAAAUUUGGAGAAAAUUUUGCAUCGUGUCAAGCUGGAAUAUCUAGUUUUUACACACAGGAUUUAAUUGUGAUGGGGGCCCCAGGAUCAUCGUACUGGACUGGCUCCGUCUUUGUCUACAGUACAACUACAAACAAAUACAAAGCAUUUUUAGACAGACAGAAUCAAGUAAAAUUUGGAAGCUACUUAGGCUACUCAGUUGGAGCUGGUCAUUUUCGAAGUCCACAUACUACCGAAGUCGUGGGGGGAGCCCCUCAACACGAACAGAUAGGGAAAGCGUAUAUAUUCAGCAUUGAUGAAAGCGAACUGAACAUCGUAUAUGAAAUGAAAGGUAAAAAGCUUGGAUCAUACUUUGGAGCUUCUGUCUGUGCAGUGGACCUCAAUGCAGAUGGCUUCUCAGAUCUCCUUGUUGGAGCUCCCAUGCAGAGCACCAUCAGGGAGGAAGGAAGAGUGUUCGUGUACAUCAACUCUGGCUUGGGAGCUGUGAUGGUUGAAAUGGAAAGAGUGCUCGUUGGAAGUGACAAAUAUGCUGCAAGAUUUGGGGAAUCUAUAACGAAUCUUGGCGACAUUGACAAUGAUGGCUUUGAAGAUAUUGCUAUUGGUGCACCACAAGAAGAUGACUUGCAAGGUGCUGUCUACAUUUACAAUGGCCGAGUAGAUGGAAUCUCCUCCACCUACUCACAGAGAAUCGAAGGACGUCAAAUUAGCAAAUCACUAAGGAUGUUUGGACAGUCUAUCUCAGGACAAAUUGAUGCAGACAACAAUGGAUAUGUUGAUGUAGCGGUUGGUGCAUUUCAGUCUGAUUCUGCAGUGUUGCUAAGGACAAGGCCUGUAGUGAUUGUUGAAGCAUCUUUAAGCCAUCCUGAGUCAGUAAAUAGAACAAAAUUUGACUGUACUGAAAAUGGACUUCCAUCUGUGUGCAUGGAUCUUACACUGUGUUUCUCAUAUAAGGGCAAAGAGGUCCCAGGCUACAUCGUUUUGUUUUACAAUGUGAGCUUGGACGUGCACAGGAAGGCAGAGUCUCCGUCAAGAUUUUAUUUCUCCUCUAAUGGGACUUCUGACAUGAUUACAGGAAGCAUACGAGUUUCAAGCAGCAGAGAGAAAUGUAGGACACACCAGGCACUCAUGCGGAAAGAUGUGCGAGACAUCCUCACCCCCAUUCAUGUGGAGGCCACGUACCACCUUGGGCAUCACGUGAUCACCAAACGAAACAUGGAAGAAUUCCCACCACUCCAGCCGAUCCUUCAGCAGAAGAAAGAAAAAGACAUCAUUAGAAAAACGAUAAACUUUGCAAGGUUUUGUGCCUAUGAAAAUUGUUCUGCUGAUCUGCAAGUUUCUGCAAAAGUUGGAUUUUUGAAGCCAUAUGAAAAUAAAACCUAUCUUGCUGUUGGGAGCAUGAAGACCAUAAUGCUCAAUGUGUCCUUGUUCAAUGCUGGAGAUGAUGCUUAUGAAACCACUCUGAAUGUCCAACUCCCCACAGGACUUUAUUUCAUUAAGAUCUUAGACCUGGAAGAGAAACAAAUACACUGCGAAGUGACAGAGAGCUCAGGCGUAGUGAAGCUUGCCUGCAGCCUUGGUUACAUAUAUGUGGAUCGUCUCUCAAGGGUAGACAUCAGCUUUCUCCUGGAUGUGAGCUCGCUCAGCAGGGCAGAUGAGGACCUCAGCAUCAGCGUGCAUGCCUCCUGUGAAAAUGAGGGUGAAUUGGACCAAGUGAAGGACAACAGAGUGACCUUAGCAAUACCUCUAAGAUAUGAGGUUAUGCUGACUGUUCACGGGUUUGUGAACCCAACUUCAUUUGUGUAUGGAUCCAGUGAAGAAAAUGAGCCAGAAACGUGCAUGGCAGAGAAGCUGAACCUCACUUUCCAUGUUAUAAACACUGGCGUUAGCAUGGCUCCAAAUGUUAGUGUAAAAAUAAUGGUACCAAAUUCUUUUCUUCCUCAAAAUGAUAAGUUGUUCAACGUUUUGGAUGUCCAGGCAACUACUGGGCAAUGCCAUUUUAAACACUAUGGAAGAGAGUGUACGUUUGCACAGCAAAAAGGCAUAGCGUGGACCUUGACUGAUAUAGUCAGAUUCCUAUCAAAGACUGAUAAGAGACUCCUGUAUUGCAUGCAAGCUGAUCAACACUGUUUAGACUUCUUAUGCAAUUUCGGGAAAAUGGAAAGUGGCAAGGAAGCCAGCAUUCACCUUCAGCUGGAAGGCAGGCCAUCCAUCUUGGAAAUGGAUGAAACCUCAUCUCUCAAGUUUGAAAUAAAAGCCACAGUUUUUCCUGAGCCACACCCAAAGGUUAUUGAACUAAAUAAGGAUGAGAACGUUGCCCAUGUUUUCUUGGAAGGGCUCCAUCAUCAAAGACCCAAACGGCAUCUCACCAUCAUGAUUAUUACCAUGAGCUUGCUGCUUGGACUCAUUGUACUUUUACUAAUUUCAUGUGUUAUGUGGAAGGCUGGGUUCUUUAAACGACAGUACAAAUCUAUCCUACAAGAAGAAAACAGGAGAGACAGCUGGAGUUAUGUCAACAGCAAAAGCAAUGAUGACUGAAGACCUCUAAAUUGAGAAAAUUGAAGAAAAAAAGACUCAGUGCAGGGGAAAUCUUCAAGAAAGAAGCUACACAAAGGUGGUUUGUCAGCAGUCAGUGGAUAAGUGGAGCAAAACACUAAAGCUCUGGACAUACCUGAGAGAUGAACUGCCGAAGACAACUUAAAGGGACAGUAACUCCAGAUUUAGCCGGACCAACGUAAAAGGAAUGAUCUUUCAAUGACGUAUUACUGACUAGGUGGGCUCACCUCAGUGAAAUGGAUGCUUUGAUAUGGAAACUUGUUGGCUUCAAUACUUUUGAUUUAUCUUCAAACUAUGAUGAUGAUCUUUGAAACCACUGAGUCUCUUUCAAAUAGCUGUUCCCAGAUUGUCUAAAUGGAUAAAUCGUUUUACAGCAGAGGACAUGAGGACUACCGUUGGUGGCGUGGCAUCAUCGGGCUAUGCUCCUACCACCCUUUUACUCAGCAGAUAGGAAUUGUAAAAUCUUGAAGGACAAAAUCCGUUUGCAGAAGGAUGGCUUCUGGAGACAUGGUCAGCUGUGGACUCUUCUGUGUAUAUACAUAUGCUUUUUUAAAGGAUAAAAAUCUCAAUCCACAUCUUUUUUUUUAAUCAAGAGUACUCUUUAUCAAGAGUACGUUGAGAUUUUAUUACUUUUAUUUUUUGCAGUCCAGCUGUUAUCCACCUCCUGGUCCGCCCUCCCACAGUUCCUCAUCCCAUUCCCCCCCUCCCCUGUCUUCAAGAGGAUCCCCCCUCCCCCACCAGACCUCCCCACUUCCUGGAGCCUUAGACCAGGCAGUCCUCUGCUGUAUAUGUGACAGGGGCAUAGGACCAGCUAAGUGUAUAUUUCCUGGUUGGUGGCUCAAUGUCUGAGAGAUCAAUUUUCAAAUUCUCAUUUGUAAUACCAAUUAGGAAUUUUAUCCUUAUAGCAGAUUAUAAAUAUUGCACUUUAGCUGAGACACGCUGAUAUAAUAUGAACUGCAGCUCACUGGUGAUUGAAAAUUUUGCAAAGAGAAACCUGAGAGCCAAUUUUUUAUAAAACAUUCACUGCUUCAAAUUAAGCAAACAUGAGUAUCUGCUAGGAUAUUGUUGUUUUUCUUGGUCUGAUUAAAUAUACACAAACCAGGACUCUUAAAAAAAACCCCACAUCUGUUAUAGAAAUGGACAGUAUCAUACUUGGAACUGCAAAUCACUGAUCAAGUUUGUAUGCAGUGACAUCAAGAUUUCCAUGAGAUAAUGCAUGCUUGAUGUUGUUGCACAAGAUUCUAUUUUAAAAUGAAGUAGCUUCUAUCUUGUUUUCACAUAAUUUGUCUGUAAUUAUGUUCAUUUUGUAGUAUUUAUUUCAUAUAUGUAGUUUGAUAAAUGUACGUUUUCAUCUGAAUCUGUUAUGUGUAAAUAAGCUAUGGCCAGAUUUUGAACAUGUGCUGGGUAAAAGGGGCAGCCUUCAGUGUUAUGAAGAAAGAUCACUUUACAGGAAACAUUUGCUGCCAGCUGGCCCUUCCUCAGAUUUCCUGGUUUGUGAGGGUGGCCUGUUCACAAGUCUGUGGCUGGAGAACAGAGGUUUGCUGAGGCUGGCGAGGAAGGAUUUGAGUGCUGAAACUUGAGCAUAGAGACUCAGAUCUGGGUGUGCAGAAAACAUAUUUAGUUAAAUGUUUAUAUUUUUUAGGAAUACUUUUUUUGUGUUAAAGGUGUAUGUUUAUGAGAGUCUCAUUAAAAUUCAAGUAGUUAUUUCAUAAGGAUCCCAAAGUUAAUAGAUGAGAAAUCAAUAUCAUUUUUUACCUACCAUGUCAAGGGAUGGUCUCUGAGGAAAUUUAAAUGUGGAUCAUUACACUGAAAAUGGACUCCUGCCUUUCAGGUACAAAAGAACACAGCUACCUCCUGGGCCACAUUUUGCCCAGUUAGAAAGAUAUAUUUUUAUGUAUAUUUGUAAAUGAAACUUAGAAGUUUACCUAUAUUAUAAACUUUAAAAUCUAGUUAUUUCAAAAGAUGCUGUUAUGAAGUGGGGUACUAGAAUAAUACCCUAAGAGGAAAUAAUUUUUUAUUAAGUGAGUGUUAAUGGUUUACAUUACUAGCUCACCGUGAAGUCUGAAAUUUUACAAAAGUUUUGCUUUAUCAUGCUACAGGAAAUUAGAUCUAACACCUUCCAAAAAUCAGAAUUUUGAUUUUUUUCAUUGACUUCAUAUUACUAUUUUAAUUAUAUUAAAAUAUUUUAAUUGCAUUAAAAUAGAUACUUUAUAUUAAAUAGGUAUCUUCAUUAAAAUGCAUUUUCCAUUUGUAUAUAUGUUACAUGCCAGAUUCCUUCAUGAUAAAUUUCUACUUUCACACUUCUUUUAUAUGCAAUUACAUGCUACUUUGGAGUCAUUCAUUUCUUCCAGGCUUCCUCCAUAGAGUUUGAUCAGUCUUGGGUGCAGCCUAUAGGGAACAACAUAGGCUUGAUUAUUUCAUUUCUCUGCCACUGCUAUAUUUCACGUACCUCACAAGUGUGCUACAUAAAUCACACAUAUGCAUUGGUAUAUACUCCUAGCAGAGCCACAAGUCAGCAAGCUGAAGGACCUAAAAUACUAACAUCUGUGACCAUUCCAGAACAUUUUUAACCACCUUUCCUGCCUGGUUAAUAUCUUUUAGAGCCUCUGUGAAGAGACAGUCAUUUAAGAACACACCACCUAGCAGAGGCCCCGUCCCUCCCCCUGCACACUUCAGCUUGCUAAGACAUUAAACUUGCUAAGAUUGAGUAUGUAAGAUUCUACAAUUUUAUACCCAUCACUCACUCUUGUUAACAUAUAUGUAUGUUGUGUGAAUGUUUUGUAAAGAUUUGACAGGUGACCCCAUUACUUUAUAUGCUGGCUUGCCUAAAAAUAGAACUUGAAUAAAAAUAAGACUUAAUAAAAGCAAACUUCAAUAGAGUAUUACAUGACAUUAGAGCCCAGUUUGGCAGUGGUGGUAGGAUGGGAGGAGGGUCAGAGUGUGGCACUACUUUACUCUUAAAAGCCUUAAGAAUAGCCUUGAAGAAAAACAGUGUAAAUUGUAAACACGUCUGUAUAACUUAUACAAAAUAAUGAUUUGCAAUCAUUUGUGUCCAUUUGUUUGUUAGAAUGGCACAUAAACACCUGGGGAAACCAUGUUUGAUUGCCUCUUUCUUUUCUAGUAUGUACUUUGUAUUUAUACAGUGCUCAUAUUUGUAUUUAUUGGAAAAUGAAAAGUUUGCAUACGUCUUUUUACAAUUUGCUAACUUUCUGGCUUUUAAUCUUCUGCUCGGACUUAGGAGGUAGCAUUCUCAUAUUAUAUUAUUAGUGCUACAUCUGGUAUUCUACACAGAGAGUCAUCAUAAAUUAGUUGGGCUUACCUAAUGUGAACCUCUGAUGCAGUUUCCAUUAAGUCACCAUCUACAUUCCAAGGAAACCCAUUUUCUGAAACAGUUGUGUGGUUUCCACCCUCCUCCUGUGGACUGUAUUCAUUGCUGUUACUUGUUGGAUGAAUUUUUACUUCUUCAAUCGUAUAAGUCUCCACGAAGGGAAAAUUGAACUAGAUACAACAAAUGGAAAAAAUCAUGAUGCUUCAUGGUGGCCCCUAUUAUAAUUAAGUUUCAUCAUCAUACUGAUCUUUUUAUAGCUUUGAAACUCUAUCUAGAUAGCCCUAGGUUUUAUGAAAAAAGAAGCCUCUUUUCACACCCAUUCAUCUCUACUGUAUGACAGUCUGUACCUGUGAAAGAUUUCCCACAACAAUGAUGUCAUAAUUUCUAGUUAAAGAGAGACUCUACAUUUGAUCCCGCUGACUUCAUUAGAACCUCAGUUAGCUGGUGUGAAACAAACUCUAGCACAAGUUUCACAAUUGGAAUUCAAUACAGAAGUUAAAUCUAAAUUUAUAGAAAUGAGAUGGAAAGUACAUAAGAAAAAGGAAAGAGGCAAUCAAACAUGGUUUUCCCAGGUGUUUACCUGCCAUUUUAACAAACAAAUAGACACAAGGUACAGGAUAGUUAUUAGCCAUUCUAGAAUGCCACCAGGUAAUGUUCAAGUUGUUCUUUUUUUUUUCUUUGCCAAAGAAAUUACCCAGGUGGAGGAAUGGCAACACAUCCUCAAUUAUAUCUAUAAAGACCUUUCUUCCAAAUAGGGUACUGGGGCAAAGAUAACAAGGUUUAGGACUGAAUAUCUGGGGUGAAGAACAGACAUAAUUUAGCCUAUAUCAUCAAGCUCUUGGAAAUUAAUGGCAAACAUAGCCUAUAAAAUGAGGGAUUGUGAGGCAACUUCUCUCAAGUACAAGGCAGACACUGAAAGAUUUGCACCCAAUGUGGGAUCUCUAACACAGUCACAGCAUGCAAGUAGUUUCAUGGAAAGCCAGGCUGGUAAAAGUUACUUAGAGCUGAGGUGAGCAUGGAAUCCACAUUGAAACUCAGUUUAUUGUAUAGUUUAAGCUGUAGUGUCUCCUGGGCCUUUGUUCUGUGUGUGUAAAAUAAGGGUUUGGGGGAAAAUAUUGAUCUUUAAUUUGCCUUAAACAGCUUUUUAAAUUUUGUUCUUUGUGGAGGUUUAUAUGCAGAGGGGGGAGGAGAGACUAUGUUUAUUAAGGGAUAAUUCUAAUGCCAUUAUUUUAAAAUAUGAAAUGAUCAAUGAUGAGUAACUAUAUUUACAAUAAAAUUAUUUAGCUAUCUUAA